AUGAGUGUGAAAGUGAAGCGAAGGUUGUCGGCGCAGCGCCGGAUCAUCCCGGUGGUACACCGGGGGAAGGAUGCGCGGCUGGAUGGGAAGGCGCUCCAGCGACGACGGGAGGAGGGACAAAGAGCGUCAGGGCGAAGGAGGGGCUGGAUGACAGACGCCUUCACCUCAACAGGAAUCAGCUGUCCCCAUCGACUGCUCUGUGAUGGAGUCCCUGCUGGACUGGCGGAUGCUGACACCAUUUUCGCGUUGUCCUCAGGUCACGGCAGGUGUGGGGUGGCCGUGGUACGUGUCAGUGGCCCUGCCUCGGCCACAGCACUGAGGUGUAUGGCACGACACACACAUCUGCCUCCACCGAGAGCCGCUCUGUUGCGAAGCAUCACGGACCCCCGCUCAGGGGAAGUGCUGGACCGUGGACUUGUGCUUUGGUUCCCAGCUCCUCACAGCUUUACAGGAGAAGACAGUGUGGAGUUCCACAUCCACGGUGGUUCUGCUGUUAUUGCUGCUGUCCUACAAGCUCUAGGAAGCGUGCCUGGCAUGAGGCCUGCUGAAGCUGGAGAGUUCACGCGGAGGGCUUUUCAAGCAGGGAAGCUGGGACUUGGCGAUCUGAUCCACGCAGAGACAGAGGCCCAGCGGAGACAAGCUCUGAGACAGAUGUCAGGAGAGUUGGGACAUCUCUAUCAAGACUGGAGCCGCAGAUUGAAACGGAGUCUGGCACAUGUCGAGGCCUUCAUAGACUUCAGCGAGGAUGAGCUCAUUGAGGAUGGGGUGUUAGACCAAGUGGACAGCUCAGUAAGCGACCUCCAAGCAGAGAUUGAGCAGCACCUACAGGAUGAGAGGAGAGGCGAGCGGCUUCGCAGCGGAGUCCAGGUGGUCAUCGCAGGAGCAACCAAUGCCGGGAAAAGCCAGAGACCUGCAGCUAUUGUGUCUCCCAUUGCGGGAACCACCAGAGAUGUAGUAGAAACGGCUGUGGACAUCGGUGGCUUUCCCGUGCUUCUGAGCGACACAGCGGGCCUUAGAGACAGCCGAGACCUGGUGGAGCAGGAGGGAGUCCGAAGGGCCCGGGAAAGGAUGCAGCAAGCUGAUUUGACUUUGGUGGUGGUGGAUUCUGCUCAUCUGCCCUCUGAGGUACACGAAGCUGCAGACUUUCUUUUGGAGCACCUGAGGAGCGUGCUGUCCUCCCCGACGCAGCCAGAGACAGGCAGGUGUCUCCUGGUGCUAAAUAAAACUGAUCUGUUGCCUGAGACACAGAGAAAGGAGCUGGACAGAGAGCUUAGAGGGUUUCGUGGACUUCCUCCAGUGUGUCUGAUCUCCUGUCAGAGUAACGACGGACUGAAGGAUUUCCUCACAGCGCUGCAGGGCAGCGUCAAGACUUUGUGUGGUGAUCCCCUCUCUGGCGCCCCUACCUUGACCCAGGCCCGCCACAGGGCCCACCUUCAGCAGUGUGUGGCCGCUCUGGCACAGUAUCCCCGAUACCGGGACUCCGACCUCGCUCUGGCAGCUGACGGUGUCCGCUUGGCUCUGACAAGCCUGGGGAGGAUUACCGGACGGGUCGGGGCAGAGGAGAUUCUGGACAUCAUCUUCAAAGACUUUUGCAUCGGGAAAUAA